AUGGGCGACAAGCGCAAACUCGUGCAGGAUGAGGUCGUCGCGCCCGAGGGCAAGAAGAUGAAGAAGGAGAAGAAGGACAAGAAAGACAAGAAGGAAAAGAAGGAAAAGCGCGAGGAAUCCGAGAUUGUCACCCCCACCGAGACUGCUGCCCCGGCACAGGAAGAGGUGAAGGAGAAGAAGGAAAAGAAGGACAAGAAGGAUAAGAAGGAGAAGAAGGACAAGUCUGAGAAGAAGGAGAAGUCCGAGAAGAAGGAGAAGUCCGAGAAGAAGGAGAAGCGCAAGGCUGAGGAGGCCGACGCUAAGCCUGCUGCCCCCUCCGAGGACGCUAUGGAUGUUGAUGUGACCCCUACCGAGAAGGUGGACGCCGAUAAGAAGGAGAAGAAGGACAAGAAGAAGGAGAAGCGCAAGGCGGAGGAGGUCGAUGUUAAGCCUGCUGCUCCCUCCGAGGACGCUAUGGAUGUUGAUGUGAUCCCUACCGAGAAGGUGGACGCCGAUAAGGAGAAGAAGGACAAGAAGAAGGAGAAGAAGGAGAAGCAGAAGGAGAAGAAGAAGCAGCAGAAGGAGAAUGCCGAGCCCGUGGCUGAGACUGAAGGAGAGCCUACUGCUGAAUCCGCGGAGGCCGAGCAGGCCCAGAAGAGUUCCCGCUUCAUCUGCUUUGUCGCACUUCGAGAAGAACCCCCGGCCACAAUCCGCGUCGCAACCAAGAAGGAAGACCCCACUAAAUGCCGCGGCUUUGCAUUCAUUGAGUUUGACAACUACGACCGCAUGAAGACCUGCCUCAAGCUGUACCACCACUCCAACUUCGACGACGGAAAGUACCCACCCCGACGCAUGAACGUCGAGCUGACUGCUGGCGGCGGUGGCGCUAAGUCCGAACAUCGCAAUGCCAAGAUCCAGGCCAAGAACGAGAAGCUCAACGAGGAGCGCCAGCGCCAGGCCAAGGAUAUCCAGAAGGACAAGAGAAAGCACGAGAAGAAGGCUGCCCCGGCUGGCGGCUCUGGUGCCAACGCUGCUGGCAUGGACGGUGUAGCUGACAACGCUCCCAGCGCCGACAACAACGAUCAGUGGGCUGGUCUGCACCCUAGCCGCAGAGGCCGUGUUUAA